CCGAUCUGGAAGGCGUAGUGCAGACUGGUCAACGAUUGGCCUGUAGCUAAAUAGCUGUAAAAAAUGAGUGUAAAGCAAAUAAUAAAAUUAAUGGAUGUAAUUUUAUUUGUAUUAUAGUAAACAUCCUCAAAAGCAAGUGGAAGAGCCUCAAAGAUGCCUUCAUUCGUCAUCGGCGCAAAGAGAAGGAACAGAGGAGUGGAGCUUCGCCAGGUGCACGGUCCAGCUAUGUCCAUGCGGAGGAAAUGGCCUUUCUUAUCCCAUGCACUGAAAUGCGUAGCACCGAUAGUAGCUGGUCGAAAAGACAACAGCAGGAGGAGGAAGAGGAGGACGUCACCAGGGACAGUGAGGCCUGUGCAUCUACGGGGCCACUAAGUCCACCUCCAACCGAUCCCACCCCUACAUUCCAAACACCCUCACAGCCUGCACCACCUGUCGUGGAUCCCGAAAACAUUCGGACUCACCGUUCAAAACGGAAAAGAUCCGAUCGCCAGGAGGACCGCCUAAUUGCAUGCCUGGAUGCACUUGCGCAUCCUGCACCCAAACUCACUAGUGAUGCCCAUUUCUUACUGAGUUUGGAGACUAGAAUGCUGCUAGUUCCCCCAAGUCGCAAUACUGAAGCGAGGGAAACCUUAACAAGGGCCCUAGACAGCUUCAUUCCACAUGAUGACUUCACACAGCCCAACAAUGCACCACAACAUCCACCACCACAUCCACCACAAUAUCCACCACAAUAUCCACCACAACAUCCACCACAACAUCCACCACAACAUCCACCACAAUAUCCACCACCCACUCACACAUACACAUCACAAACAUACCCACAAACUAACAUACCACACCCUCACGACACGUGGCACACACAACCACAAUCAUCAUACAGCUAUGCCUCCACUAGCAUGGGCACCAACACCUCCACCACCACUCAAAUGCAACCUGGCCAGCAAUCAGGCGGAAUGAGAGAGCCCAUGCGGGAUAACGAGCCACAAUACCAAAACCUGUGA